AUUCCUUCCUUUCUUCAUUGGCGGUGUUAAGAGACACGCUGUACGGGGGUAUGGAAUUCUCAAUGACAUGUUUGAGGAGGGCAUGGCGAAAGCACGCGCUGCUGAUCGUAUAGCACAAGAAGCUAUGACAUUUUGUCACAAAUGUCUAAAGGUAGUGAAGUUGGUUGGUUUUAUUGGGUCUACAAGUGAUUAUGAACUUGCUUUGCAUUUGCUGCGAAUUGCUGGAUCUCUCAAGAGAUUGAUCCUUUGUUCUGAUUAUGCCGAUUUUGAUGAUCUAAAUGAGUUUUGGCCACGCUCCAUGAGGAAGAAGGCAAUCCGAGAGUGUGCUGAUCAGCUUAAAGCAAAUUUAUCCCCCAGAGCUGAAUUGUUGACAUAUGGCCCUGGUUUUUCGAAGAAGAGAAUAUAGCACUAGAGAAGUGAUAACCCCUACGGAAAUGAUCUAAACCGAGCGGAUCAAACCUUUCUUCUUCCUGCUCAAGUAGAUGCCGAAUUUCAUUAUUUAGCGGCUCUCCGAAGUCAGAGAGAUGAGUGGGGCCUUUCUGAUAGGAUGGACAAAGCGCUUUCAUCACCAUUAAAUUAAUUUAAACGCCAUGCAUAUUUACUAUGACUUCUUUAUUUUGUCUUUAGUAUUGUUUUUAUUAUUUUAAGAUAAAUUUGUUGGAUCACUUAUGUAUGUUCUUUGAUGAACUUUCUCCUCUUUUUUAACUAUUGAAAUUAUAUG